AUGACCGACUCUCCCCGCCCUGGCUUGCAGCCGUAUUCUCAUCUCAAGGCCGGCCCGACAACCUCCAGCUCCAGAUCGACCGCGCUGCCUUCAAAUAAACCGCCUCUAACACGACCUUCUUCGCGACUGCGAACGCAGCGGUCAUCAGCCAGAGAAGAAACUAUCGACCCAACCAGCGAGAAAGCUACCCUCGCAUUCAUUCGACGCGUGCUUUGUCCGCAGACCAGCCAUGGCGCAUCCUCACCGCAGCCUCCGGAAGAGCUGCUACCUCCUCUCACAAGCUCCAACGACGUUGACCGUCAGCUCUACGCCCUCAUCGCGAUAAUAAUCAAGGAAUUUCUGUACUCAUGGUACUCGAAGAUUACGUCGGACCAAGCACUGGUUAACGAGGUACUACAAGUCGUGGCACACUGCACCCGCGCCCUGGAACAGAGAAUACGUCAGAUCGAUGUCGCACAGCUGGUUUUGGAUGACAUCCCGGCGCUGGUGGAAGCACAUAUACUCUCUUAUAGACUAGCCAAGCAACAGUCGCAUCUCUCAGGGCUCCCAACGUCGCAUCGUACCAUCUAUCACGAAUUGAAUCCUCAUCCUGGUCUCUCGCCCAUUCCGGACCCAGCAGACCCUGAUACGAUAGGCGCGCAGAGCGAGAAUGAAGCCAUCUACCGGCGCCUUCUCGCCAAUGGCACGUUGGCGGUCCUCUUGCCUACUGAGGACUUGGAGAAUAGCAGUCUCCGGACAUUAGUGAGCGAUGUGAUGGCCGAUUUGAUACUGGGGAAAGAAGUUGCUGGUCGCAUCUGCGAAGGCCGGUUCUUCUGGGAAAUCACCACCAAACUCGCAACGAUGGCCACGGCCAAAAACCACCAGACGACAGGCCCACAAGGCUCUGAUUCCCCGGCGAAUACGCCCACCAGUCAGCUCGAGAAAUUUGGCCUCCUCCAUCAGCAAGACGACUCUCCGGCGCCCCAACACUCUGCCACCCCGUCGCAAAUCACGGUUUGGAUAUGGAGUGUCCUCCAGGGCAUCUAUUUUGGUUACGUCGCCUUGCGUUUCAUUGCGACGGGUCUCUUCCGCGUCGCAUCCCAUCCAGGGCCAGGAGACUCGCACGGAGCCGGUGUUUCAUUUCCCGCUGCAACGCCAGGGACCCAGAAGGAUGGACUGGAGUCGUCGUCAGACGGCGUUGGGCGUAAGCGCCCAGUUUUGGAUUACCGAGUGUCGUCCAUGGCCUCCCAACUCCUUGGCCUCUCGCAGCGGAUGCCGUGGCUAUCGGGGUUCUUUGCCCUCGUCCAACAUCUGGUUGUGGCGGGACCGGGUCAGCUAGGUGACACAGACGGGGUCCUUGACAGAUUCCUCCGGGAGACCAUUGAGGAGUACGUUCUGACCCCCACUUUGUUGCCCAACCUUCUUCUUGCAACAAGGACAGCCCUCUUUCCAGCCAAUGCACGUCCCCAGGCUCCUGCCGUGAACACUGGAGGACCCCCCGCGCCGACUCCGCAGGUAUCCGUGCAGACCAGAGCCCUCGCCGCAGCCGCGCCCAUCCCGGCAGAAGGCAACGGCGCAGCAUUGAAACCGCAUAUCGGAAAUACUUUGAACAAGGGCGCCACAGGCGAAACACUUAAAAGUAACAAAAAUGUUGAAGUUGGAAGGAGCGGUGAUCAUCUGUCCCGAGCAGUAUCGCCAGAGCCAACUAGCCCUGCCCUAACAAACAGCCCAUCACUGACAGUGGAUACUACGACUACUCCUAGUGGAAUCAAAGACUCCGGCGCGGGCACACCAACAACGAGGUCGGAGAAAAAGCAAGACCCAACUCGCCCUAACUCGGAGAUCGCCGCUAUCAAGCGGCGAUGUGCAGCUAGCCUCCUCGCUCUGAUCCCGCGCGCCGUCGCACGAACCUUCUUCGCUGCUUCAGCUCUCUCCAGUGAUCGUUCCUGCAUCGUCGCCACUGGCAGUUCGUCCUCCGUCAUGACCUUAUCUCCACCUUCAUCACGGGAUGAAGAGGGGGGUGGAGUCGCCCGAUCCGAACAGGUGGCGUCGACGUCAUUGCCUUUCGGGUUGGCCUCUGGGCUUUCGGAGGAGGGUGGACGAUUGGAGACUGGCGAACAACAGCCCGAGUUGGAGGAGUUGUUUCUCCUCCAGAGUAUCGAGGACGUACUGGAUGUGUUUGCGGAUGAGUAUUGUAAUAAACAUCUCAUCUACUCGAUUAUCGAGAAGGUCUUGUCUAAGGUCCUCCCCGAGCUGGCGGAGCGCAGCGUGCAAGAUCUCAUGGAAGAUCGGGGGGUGGCUCCUGUACCUGCUGGUUUCUAG